AUGUUGAGCGCCGAGGAGAGGCGCAGGCAGAGGGAGCUGGAGGAGGCCCGUAAGGCGGGCUUGGCGCCAGCAGAGUUGGAUGAGGAGGGCAAGGAGAUCAACCCCCACAUUCCGGCCUUCAUGGCCGACGCACCCUGGUACCUCAAUGCCGGGGCCCCCUCGCUGAAGCAUCAGCGCAAUUGGAAGGACCAGGUGACAGAUGAGAUGCGCUGGUAUGACCGCGGCGCCAAGGUGUUCCAAGCAAACAAGUACCGCAAGGGCGCUUGCCAGAACUGUGGUUCCAUGUCCCACAGCACCAAGGACUGUAUGGAGCGGCCACGCACCAAGGGCGCGCGGUGGACCAACAAGAACAUUGCUGCCGACGAGAAGGUGGAGGACGACUUUGAGCUGCGCACGUUUGAUGCUAAGCGUGACCGCUGGAAUGGAUACAACGGUGAUGAGUGGGUCAAACAGGCGGAGCGGUUUGAGAAGGUGGAGGCAAUGCGGGCGGAGAUUCGGCGCAAGGAGCUGCUGGAGAAGAAGCUUGCUGGGGAGGUGGAGGAGGAGGAGCUGGAGGGGCAGCUGGGGCAGGAGGAGGCCAAAAUUGACGAGACGGAGGAAGCCGGCUUUGCCAAGGUUGAAAAGCGCGUCCGUACGGCGGGUGGCGGGUCCACGGGGUCGGUGCGCAACCUGCGCAUUCGUGAGGAUACAGCCAAGUACCUGCUCAACCUGGACCCCAACUCAGCCUACUACGACCCCAAAUCGCGCUCAAUGCGCGAGGACCCCAACCCCGAGAAGGACCCCAGCCAGAAGACGUUUUAUGGCGACAACUUUGUGCGCCAGAGUGGUGAGGUUGGGGGGUUCAAGGACCUCAAUGUCUUCGCCAUCACCACCCACGAGCGCGGCCAGGACGUGCACAUGCAGGCCAUGCCCUCUCAGGCAGAGCUGGCCUUCCAGCAGUUCAAGCAGCGCAAGAAGGCACUGGAGGGCGCCACCAAGGAGGACAUCCUGGCCAAGUAUGGUGAUGCGGCGGCUGCCCCCACUGAUGACAUAAAGGCGCUGCAGGCAAGUGCCAGCGAGGCGUAUGUUGAGUAUGAUGCAGCAGGGCGGGUGCUGCGGGGCCAAGAGGUGAAGGCCAAGUCGCGGUAUGAGGAGGAUGUGCUGAUCAACAACCACACUGCGGUGUGGGGCUCUUGGUGGCACGAUGGGCAGUGGGGCUAUGCAUGCUGUCACAGCACCAUCAAGCAGAGCUACUGCGUGGGCGCGGCAGGCACGGUGGCGGCGGCGGAUGCAGCAGAGCAGCUGGCAGCGAACAUGGAAAAGAAGGCGGCAGAGGAUGAGGCGCGGCGGAAGGAGAGCAAGCUGGUGGGGCACAAGCCAGCUGCAGAUGUGUGGGGUGAAGCGGGCGAUGACCUUCAGCUGGACCAGGACAAGCUGCGGGAGGCACUUAAGCGGCAAGAGAAGCACGAGAAGGAGGACGAUGAGGAGUUGGAUGACCGCAAGCGCAAAUACAACAGCUUGGCGGGCCAGGCCUUGGACGUGACGCAAGAGGAGAUGGAAGCGUACCGAAUCAAGAAGAGCCGCGGUGAUGACCCGCUGGCCUUCAUCGACAAGGAGAAGGCCAAGCAGCAGGGUGGCGCGGGGGAAUACGAGUACGUGUGA